AUGUUCCGCAGGGCACGCCUUAGCGUGAAGCCGAAUGUCAGGCCUGGUGUGGGCGCCAGGGGCUCCGCCGCGCCCAAUCCCCAGCGUGGGCAGGAGUCUCCCAGGCCGCCGGAACCUGCCACGGACUCCUCUUCUAAGCCACCGGAGCCCAAAGAUGUGUCCGCCGUCCAUUUCGAUGGAGCGGAGCCCCAAGAAAAGGCUCCUAGGAUCAGUACUGAAAAGACUGCUAGUGACAAUGAUGUUAAAGAAUCCAGUAAAUCUUCUUCUACUGUUUCACAGAGAAGAAAGCGAAUAUCAAGUACUUCUCCUCUGGUUAAGUCUAGCGUCAGUGUUUCUUCAGAAUCCCAUCCCUUAUCUCCUGUUAAUCAAGCAGCUCCACAGCCAAUUGCCACUCCAACAAAAGAGAAACAGCCGUGCUCAGACAGAUACCGAAUAUACAAAGCCCAGAAACUGAGGGAAAUGUUAAAAGAAGAAUUGAGAAAAGAGAAGAAACAAUGGAAAAACAAAUAUGCUGUAAAUGAAAGCCAGAGGCCACUGGAUCGUUCAAAAAUGACUAUGAGAGACUUCAUAUAUUAUCUACCAGAUAAUAAUCCAAUGACCUCUUCACUGGAACCAGAAAAGAAAACCGAAAAGCCAUUGACUUCAGUCCAGAAAAAAGAGCAAGAAGGUAAGAGAACUCCUAAUGCUGAAGAUAAUGAAAUGGAAGAAGAGACAGAUGAUGGAGCAUUACUGGUUCCUCGAGUAAAAGUGGCGGAAGAUGGUUCUAUUAUUUUGGAUGAAGAAAGUUUAACUGUAGAAGUUUUAAGAACAAAAGGCCCUUGUGUUGUUGAAGAAAAUGACCCCAUAUUUGAGCGUGGUUCUACAACUACAUACUCCAGCUUUAGGAAAAACUAUUACUCUAAACCAUGGUCAAAUAAAGAAACAGAUAUGUUUUUUUUAGCCAUCAGCAUGGUGGGAACUGACUUUUCUAUGAUCGGACAGCUUUUCCCUCACAGAGCAAGGAUAGAAAUUAAGAAUAAAUUUAAACGUGAAGAGAAAACCAAUGGAUGGAGAAUAGACAAAGCAUUCCAGGAAAAGCGCCCUUUUGACUUCGAUUUUUUUGCUCAUUUGCUUCAGAAAGUUCUUGCUGAAGAAGAGAAAAGAAAACAAAAAUCUGUUAAAAAUAACAGUUUAAAGGAGAAGAAAUCCACUAAACCACGGAAAAAUGUAAAAGUGAAAAAAGUUGCCUGUGAAGGAGUGAAUGAUGAUCCAGAUGAGUCUAUGAGUUCUAGAAUUUCAGACACAGAAAGAUCUCAGAAGGAUGCUCAGACAGUUGAAGAAGAGUCUCUGACUUUAUCAGGGGAAGAUGCAGAACAGGUUGUAUUAGAAGUAGACCUAAAUCAAAAGAAACGAAAAAGGAAGAAUCAAGAUAAGGCUAAUGAACUGGAAGUAAACAAUCUUUUAGAAAAUGCCCCUGUUCACGCGGGUCCUUCUAAAGGAAAAAAACACAAGGAUAAAUGUCAGUCUGUAAGUCCUGAUGUAAAGGAAGGUGAAUGCAGUAAGGAGCAGAUGCCUUCCAUAGAUGGCAUUGUGGGUUCUGCCUCCAGUGAAAAAGUUGAGAAAAGAACUGACCCCAUCCUUUCAUUAAGUAAUCAACAAGAUGUCACAUCAGUAGCAACUGAGGCUUCAGAAUCAAGCACUCCAGAUUUUCCUUCAUUAGAAGUUGGAAUUAAAGCAUUGUGUGAGGUGAAUAAUGCUGUGGGUAGCUGUACAGAAGAAAGAAAUAUUGACCUAAAAAAAAAGUCACUGGAAAUUGAUCAAACAGAAAAUGUUAAACCAAUAUUGAGAGGUCACUUCCAGAGACCUAAACCCAAUUUGUCAAGGGCUGGGAAGAAAUCAGUUCCUUCAGAAGGCAAAACAGAGGCAGAGAGCAAGAAUUCACACUCAGAAACUUCAGUUGAAAAGAACCACAUGGAAAAGGAUAAAAUGAAUAAGUUGGACAUUCUGAGAAUGGAGAAUACAGAGAAAGAGACUCCAGAAGCUGAAACUGUAUCUAUUUUGGGUGAAAAACCUGCACAAGUGAGGGGCCGAUUGCAAAAGCCAAAGCCAAAUGUAGGUAAAGCUGCUCAAAGAAAAGAAAUUCUCAUAUCACAGCAAGAAAUUGGGGCCAAUGUAGAAAAGAAUGAAAAUGAAUCCUGUGUUGAUAGAGAUGAAAAGAAUCAAAAUGAAUCCUGUGUUGGUAGAGACACUCCUCAACACAUGGAAGAUCAAUCUUGUGAAGAUUUUGAAGAGGAAGAUGUCAUAUUACAGCCUGAGAAAAAUGAUUCUUUGCAAAAUGUGCAGCCAGAUGAGCCCAAAGUUCUUAGUGAAUGUCUAAGCAUUCAAGAGAAUAAUAAAGCAAAUAAACGUGACCAAGUCUCAAUUCUAAGGACUCGAUUUCAGAAACCAAAGCCAAACAUAGGAAGAAGAACUGGAAGAAGAGAGAUUUCCUCAAAGGAAGAGGUACUAGAGAAGAUUGCUGUCUCUGGGGAAAUGACAGCAGCAUUGAGAGAAACUAUAACACCAGAUACCUCACCAAGGGAGAUGGUACCAGCAGAUAUUAGUACUACUAAAGAAAUGCAGUCAGAUUUAAAAGAAUUGGGAAGAAGAGCCAUUUCUCGCAGGGAGAAGAUUGUAGAUGUGAUUGAUGUCACCAUGGAAAUGGAGACAGGUUUGAAAGCAGCUGGAAGGGAGAUUUCCUCAAAGGACAAGACACCAGAGGUGAUUGAUACCACUAAGGAAAUAGACAAAUAUUUGGAAGAAACUGGAGGAAGAGAAAUGUCCCCAGAGGAAAAUGGCCCAGAGGAACUCAAGCCUGUAGGUGAAAUGGAGACAGAUUUGAAAGCAACUGGAAGAGAGAGUUUCUCAAGGGAGAAGACACCAGAGGUGACUGAUGCCACUAAGGAAACAGACAUAGAUUUGGAAGAAACUGAAAGAGAAAUAUCCUCACAGGAAAAAGGCCUAAAGGAGGUCAAUCCUGUAGGUGAAAUGAAGACAGAUUUGAAAGCAGCUGGAAGGGAGAUUUCCUCAAGGGAGAAGACACCAGAGGUGACUGAUGCCACUAAGGAAAUAGACAAAGAUUUGGAAGAAACUGGAAGAAGAGAAAUAUCCCCACAGGAAAAAGGCCUAGAGGAGGUCAAGCAUGUAGGUGAAAUGGAGACAGAAUUGAAAGCAACUGGAAGGGAGAUUUCCCCAAGGGAGAAGACACCAGAGAUGAUUGGUGCCACUAAGGAAAUAGACAAAGAUUUGGAAGAAACUGGAAGAAGAGAAAUAUCCCCACAGGAAAAUGGCACAGAGGAAGUCAAGCAUGUAGGUGAAAUGGAGACAGAUUUGAAAGCAACUGGAAGAGAGAGUUCCUCAAGGGAGAAGACACCAGAUGUGGUUGAUGCCACUAAGGAAACAGACAUAGAUUUGGAAGAAACUAAAAGAGAAAUAUCUCCACAGGAAAAAGGCCCAGAGGAAGUCAAGCCUAUAGGUAAAAUGGAGACAGAUUUGAAAGAAGUUAGAGAAGAAAUUUCCCAAAGGGAAAAAGGGCUAGUGGAGAUCAGUGGUGUAAGGGAAAGGGAGAUUGAUUUGAAAGAAACCGGAAAGAAAGGCAUUUCCAUGAUGGAGAAAGUAUCAAGAGAGAUGGCUGCCAUUGAAGAAAUGGAGGCAGAUUUGAAAGAAACUGGAAGAGAAAAUUUUAGAGAAAGUGGAUCUGAAGAGAUCUGUGUUAAUGAGGAAACGGUGGCAGAAUUGAAAAAAACUGGGAAAACAGACAUUUCUCCAAGGGAAAAUGAACUAGAGGAGACCGGUACCUCAAGACAAACUGAGACACAUUUAAUGCAGAGUGGUAGCAGUGACUGCAGCGCUAUGCCUUCACUAGAUAUUAAAAACAUCAGCAGCGAAGUACUGUCGAUAAUGCAUGCACCUGUAGAAGAAAAAGGAAAUCCUGAAAAAGAAGAAUCAAGUCACUUAAGUCAUUUCAAGGUUUCUUCACAGACUCAUGAAUCUGAUAAAACAGAAGUCCAGGGGCUUCAAUCUCCAGAUGUUCCAGAGCAGUUUUCAGAUAUUAAUUUAAGCAAAUCUCUUCCUCAAGAACAGAAGCCACUUGAGAUUAAACCAGCACCUUUUGUGAGAAGUCGAUUCAAAAGACCAAAACCAAACUUAGCAAGGGCAGCUUUGAAGAGAGAGACUACAGAAUCAGAAAAAUAUGUAUCUGGGAAGAAAUCAGAAACCAAGAAAAUGGAGACUAUUGUGAUGCAAGAGAAUAAUGAACAACUUGAUACUGUCCCUUCUCAAUAUGAUGAAGCUUCCCUAAUGAUAUCAAGAGAAAAAGACACAUCGGGUCACAGGAAUGAGGAAGCUGUGAUACUGCCAUGUAUACAGACUGAAAAUAACCUUUCACCUUCAAACUCUCGUGAACCUAAAGAGGACUCUCAGUCAGUACAAGCCCAGGAAAAUGACUUAGUUGUUUCUGUGGGGACUAAUAAUAUAAACACUUGCCAACAAGAAAUGAAGGAAAGUGUCAUUCCAACUGCUCGACCAGUAAGGGGCCGACUUCAGAGACCGAGACCAAAUGUAAGAAAGGCAGGACAAAAGCAAAUUGUAGAAAAAAGUGAUGCCAAAGGCAUAAUUAAGGAAGAAAGAACAGUAUUACAAAGGGAUGAAAGUGAAAAGAAAGUCUUAAUUGUGUCAAAUUCUCAAAUUGAAACAGAAAUUGAAAUUCCAUCCUCCAGAGUUUCAGAAUACAGAAUGUAUGAAAAUCAAAGUCAGGUGGUUCUUGUAGAAAACCUUCCUGUUAACAAAACAAAUAAAACAGUCAGCCAUGAAAAUAAACCGUGUGUUCCUAGUCCAGUACAAAUGACAAGAAGGAAAUUCCAAAAGGCUAAGCCAAAUUUGGGAAGAGCACAAAGUAAGAAAAAGGAACCAGUUCUAGAAAAAGACACAACAGAUCAGAGCAAGGCAGGCAAGCCAGACGAUCAUUUGCUGCAGAAAGGAGAUUCCAACACCCAGUUCCUUCUAAAAGAAAAAACUGAGCUGACAUCUCUGGAGGUUUCAGCAAGAAAAGAUUGUGUAGGUUCUAAAGAGUCUGCUUUGGCAAAAAUAGAUGCUGAAUUAGAAGUUGGACCAUCAAGAAGGGCUGGAGAGGAAACUGUAGGAGAUAAUUCAGUAUCUUCAGUUGUUGAAGAGCAGCUCAAUAAACUAACAAGCUGUCCACAACCGUUAAAAGAAUCAAAUUACUCAAAAAUUGCCCCGGAUGGGAAAACCACUAUCUCUUCUGCAUCUGAGUAUGAGAGGAAUCAUGGUGAAAGGAGGAUGCCUAAAAAGAUCAAACCAAAUGUCACUAGAGGUCGUGGAUCAAAACGAGUGCGGGGUAAGAACUCUAAGAAGGAACCUAGAGCUCCCAAGGCCAUGCUGGUGACUCUUCGGGCUUCCCAGGAAGAAGAAGAUGAUGCUGAUGAUUUUGAGUCUGACUAUGAAGAAGAAAGCUAUCAUCUUGCUCCUGAAGAAGUAAACAAAGCUCCAGUAUUUGUACCUGUUGGUCUCAGAUCUCCUGAACCUGUUUCUGCUCAGAUUGAGGAAACAAUGGAAGAGCUUGAAAUAACCGUGAAUGUCCCAGAUGUAGGAUCCAUAGCUGUUGUUGAACAUCAGCUCCCAAACACAGAUGUGACUACUGAAGAAAUGAAACAAGAAGAUAAUUUGAAUGCACCAUCAUUUGAAAUGACCACAGGUGAACAUAUCCAAGAUGAACCAGGUACCAAUGAUGGAAGCACCGAAGCUGCGAUAACUUUACUUACAAUGGGAGAUCUAGUAUUGCAGUCAGACAUCAGUACUGAACAGGGUGAUGUAGGAGUAUGUGUACUUCCUCAUGUUCAUUCAAAGGAUAAAAGCCAUAUUCCUUUUAGCCUAGAUAAUGUAAAUCAGAGAAUUGUUCAUGAAUGUCAGGAGCUUUCUUCACCUGUCAUUACUACAUCUCUUGCAUCAUUUGAAGAAAACAAGAUUGUAUUGGAGGAGCAAAUUUCCAGAAAAGAAAUUAGUUUAAUGGAGAACGUAAAGGAGAAUGCUACGCCAACCAGGAAUACAACUUCUAAAGUGACCAGUAAUUCAAGAAUAAGUAGAUUUGCCAAGCCUAAACCAAAUCUUGAGAAGAUUUUAGGGACCAACAAGUUAGACGAUUAUCAGGAAGUUUCCAGUUUGUGUGUAACCAAAGGGGAAGAACUAGAAGCUCAAAGAGAAACAGAGAAAAAUGCUUCCAAAGCAACAGAAUUGGAAGAUAAAAACCUUGGACCAGUUACAACAGCAGAGAAUAAGGCGCAGAGCAAAUUGGCAUGUGUACAUGGUAUCAAAGGGACCGGUAUUCCUCAAGAAGUAAACCUAACCGAAAGAAAUGAAAAUCAAGAAGAGAGCUCUCAAGAGGUUCACAUGUUGUCAGUUGCUCCAAUUGCUUCCUCUGAGACAGGACCCCGCACACUUGGUUUGGAUAGGGGUCUUGGUGAAAAUUCUGUUGAAGAGCCCCAGAUAAAGGACCCUAAAGGAGGCAGUGUACUUACACUUCCUGUGCCAGAGUAUACACCAGCAAGUAUUCCAGAAGUCCAACAAGAGAAUAUAAUCAAUCCUCAAGACCUAACAGUGAAUCUAGUUGCUAAUAUAUCUCAAGAUGGAGAAGAUGAACAAGCAUUUAUUUUAACUCUGGUGGAAAUCCCAACCAAUGCAGUAGAAGAAUUUACUGAUGCCGCUGCACAGUUAAUGCCAAACCCUUUACUGCCAGCUCCCAUAUUGGUCAAAUCAAUGAAUACUGAAGAAAGGGGUGAUGUGAGUAUUUGUUUACCAGCAACUUCAGUUGGUCAGGAUGCCAUGGGUGUAUCUAUUUCUGGAAGAGAUGAUUCUAAAAAGCCUUCUGAUAAUUUGGAUCUUGUAUCCAGGAAGAGAUUUCAUUGCAGGCUUGAUGAAAAUGACCACAUUCCUCCUGCCAAAAAAUGUUUGCUCACUUUAAGAGAUGAUUGCCAAGAAUAUACUUCUGAGGUGCACUCAAAGGAGUUAACAAAUGUUGUUGAGGAAACAGGGGAGUCUCCCAAGGGACAAGAUAUUUUUCCUACCUCAGGAAGCACACUGACAACUCUAGAAUAUCAAAAAGAGCAAGUUGAACCAGCUUUUCAGAGUAUAGGAUCUGGAUCUGCUGAAACAUGCAUAGACAAGAAUGUGCCUCAGUUACCUCAGAAUGAAAUGAUUGUGUCUGAUAAGGAAGAAAGAACUGAUGCUGCUCCUAAGUCUGAGCAAAUGGAUAAAACAUCAUCUACAAAAGCCCCACUAUCCAGACCUGGCAGAAGACCCCUGGGAUUUUUGUCUUUAAUAUGUUCAAAGAAUAGUUUGGAGUCUGAUGAACCUACUCAGUUUCAUAAUAAGAAACGCCUAAAGCCUCUUAUACCUGCAUUAAGACAGAAAUUUAAAAGAUCCAAUCCAGUCAAUGAAAGCCAGAAAAAAAAUGGAGAGUCCUCUGAUCCAGUUCCAUCUCCAAGUGUUAUUAAUACUCAAUCUGAGAAUAUUAGCAGUUCAGCAACUAAGGUUUCUUGUGAUCAGCCCUUACUGAAAGGAUAUAAAAGUGGCCAAAAGUGGGCCCCUGAAGGGGAGCCAACCACAGUCUCUGAAUAUUUCUUCAAUGAUAUCUUCAUUGAAGUGGAUGAAACAGAAUGAAACAAUCUUUUGUCUUUUUCUUUUUAAAAUUAAGUCUAGGAUUUCCAGAGUCAAUUACAUCAACAAAACAGUAUUUAGAGCAAAGCAUCACUGUCUAUUUUUUUUUAGGUUGAUUUUGAAUAUUUAAUGAGCUUGAUUUGAAGCUUUUAUAAUCAGUGGAAAACAUUUCUGAGGUUCCUUUCAUUCUGAUUGUUUCAGCAUUUUGCAAAUAGCAAGCGAUUAAGACUGCUUUCUCAGACAGAAAUAACUCUUGUUUACAUUUUGACUCUUCCUGUGCUAAGCACACAUGGACAAUUGGGAAUGUUGUGGCUAUAUGUCCCUGUAUGAACUGUAGUGCAGGCAGUUUUGGGGGUUGAUUGUAUCAUAUUUAACACUUAGCAACUUCUUUUUUCUUUUUUUAAUUUUUAUUUGUUUAUUUUUUCUUUUUUUUACUUAGCAACUUCUUUUGUGAAUUUUUUUUUUUUUUUAAUUUUCAGGGGGAGAUGAUGAAGGAUGAAGGCCUUUUCAGUUGCUUCUAAGUACAGUCAUGUAUCACAUAAUGAUGUUUAAGUCAGUGAUGGACCACACAUAUGACAGUGGUCCCAUACAAUUAAAAUGGAGAUAAAAAAUUCCUAUCACCUAGUGACAUUAUAGCCAUCAUAACACAGUGCGUUGCUUUUUUAUGUUUAGAUAUGUUUAGAUACACAGAUGCUUACUAUUAUGUUACAGCUGCCUACAGUGUUCAGCAUAGUGACACACGUUAGAGGUUUGUAACAUAUGGUCACCUAACAAGGCAUUUCUUAGAACAUAUAGUUAAGGGACACAUGACUAUACGUAUAUGAAAACAAAUUGUCAGACUCCAGUUUAGUAUGGUAAAUGUUAAAAAACUUUUCCAUUAUCAGCUAUUUGUCUGACUGAAAAAUACAUAUUUUUCUAAUUCAUGGUGAUGUAACAUUAGUCCUAAUUGAAAAACUAGUAUUUAAACAUAAUUAUUUAUAAAGAUGACACAUCAAAGAGCUUAUUUAUUUUUAAAUUUUUAUUUAAAAGCAUAUUUCAUUUUAGCUCUUUUUACCCUCAGAUUGUAGAUAAAGAAGGCAUUAACAAAUUUAUGUUUCUUUCUUCUUUCUCUUUAAUUUUAAA